CCGAGCCACGCCAAGGGUGCCCUUGCCUUGCGGAAUCCAUCCCUUGCUUGUUGCAAACUAUCGUCCCGGCUGUCAGUCCGUCAUAUUGCUUCGCUAUAUCGAAACGUCGCCGUGGCUGCAAAUGUCGGAUCUUGAUAAAGAACUCGAAGCCCGUCUCCAAAGGCUCAAGAACAACAGCAUUGGAACUGCCGGCUUUCCGACCGAUGAUGAGCUCACAGACCGGCUGCGAAAGCUCACGGGGCAUGAUCCGAUUGCUCUGGCUCCUGGAUUACCCAAGACCUCUGCGGAAACCCCGCAAGUUGAUCCGCUUUCGGACCUGCUGGGUGAGAGCGAAGCACUGGAGCGGGAUCUCGAGCAACUCACCGUUCCAAGAUGCCCCGUCCCUGGCGACGUUGCCGAAGCGGUUCCACACUAUGUUGACUUUACCUCGCUUGUCCUAACGUCUCCCGUUGGAACGAUCAUGCCAACGCCGCCUGUGGACAAGACGAGAGCAAUGGCAUCGGAUGAGGUCUCAGAUCUUAUCCGUCAGUUCCAGAAAGAAGUGGAGCUGGAGCGCAAGUAUGGGCCGCUCCAGGGUGGCGGACUGGGCACGGCCCGCGAUGACGGGAAUGGAGGCGACGACGAGUUCCAGAAAAUGGCCGAAGAUCGACUCCGAAGUCUCAAAGAAUUCACGCUGGAUAAGAGUCCGGAGCCAGACGCAUCAGUAGACACCGCCGGAAAAGACCGUCCUGCAGUCGCCUCUGCCGGCCACGAGAGUCCAAGGGUCCAGCUCCGAACCCGCAAGAACGAGCUACAGGCACUCGGCGCUCCUCCCAAGCCCCCAUCGCUUUCAGAGUUCAAGGCCCAGGACGAAACCGAAAGUCGCCCGUGGUGCUGCAUCUGCAACCAAGACGCCACCUUGAUAUGCGAAAGCUGCGACGACGACUACUACUGCAGCAAAUGCUGGAAGCAGGGCCAUUACGAAACAACAGGGCUGGAUCCUGAGCUCCGGUUCCAUAUCCCAAAGAAGCUCGCCAAGUAGCAACGACACAGGCUCGAGCAUAGUAAGGUGAUGCAAGUGUGCGUCGCCAGCUGACCGGAAUGCUAUGGAGGGGUUGCUUCGAGGCGCUG